AUGCUAUGCGUCUCUCUCUCUCUCUCUCUCUCUCUCUCUCUCUCUCGUUUCCGCCUUUUUUUCGUUCUUUUUUUUAUUGACUUCAUCUUUAUUUUAUUUGUUCGUUUACUGCUUUCUUCUUUUUACUUCUUCUGUUUAAUUUUUCUUUUGUUUUUUUAUAAUUUUCGUCUUUCUUCACUCGAUAACUUUUUUUCUGUCAUUUUUUCUUUCUUUCUUUUUCUUCUUUUUUGCUCCUAUCGUAUUUUCUUUUCUUUUACUCUUCAUUUGCCUGCUUCAUUUCUCGUUUGUCAUUUUCCUCUUUUCUUUUCUUUCUUUUCCUUUCUUUUUAUUCAACCACACUUUUUCGUUUCCUUUUUACUUCACAGUUCUUUCUUUCUUUUUAAAUGUUCUUUUCAUUCUUCACUUUUUUUAUUUUCCUUCUCUUCUUUUUUCUCAUAUUCUCUCUUUCUUUUCCUGUCCGCUUUUCCAAACCUCCUUUCCCUUGAUUCUUUAUUGCUUGCUUUCUUCAUGUCUGUUCUAUAUCUUUGUCUUCCUCUUUUCCUUCCCAUCCUUCCCAAUCUCAUUACGCGGCCUUCGAUCUUUCUCUUGUUUAAUCUCUCUUAUCUACAUUCCAAAUGGAUUUCACCUCUCGCCCAUUCAUCAUUUAUCUUUACGUCUUCGCAUCUAUUUUUCUUUCUUUUUCUUCACACAGCCUCCCCUUUUCGAUCUGCCCUUCACUCUAGCUUGCCGAUUCGCCCCUCUAGUUUUACCCUGUAUGACUUCGUUUCACUCCAAUCAGACAUUUUAUUUAUUACAGUAAAAAAAUUCUAUUGA